UUGGUUUUUGCGGUGUUAAACUUCAUCGAAAGCAGAAUUAUCCCUCAAAAUUAUGAACAAAGGAUGGCUAGAACUGGAGAGCGAUCCUGGCUUGUUCACACUGCUUAUAGAAGAUAUGGGUGUGAAAGAUGUCCAGGUUGAAGAAAUCUAUGAUCUUCAAAAGGCAAUUGAAGGGACUGCCUAUGGAUUUAUUUUUCUGUUCCGAUGGAUUGAGGAAAGAAGAAGUCGACGUAAAACAACAACGGAAGAGGAAUCUUUUGUACAAGAUGAGAACGUUGUCAACAACAUUUUCUUUGCACAACAGGUGAUACCUAACUCCUGUGCCACCCACGCUUUACUGAGUGUACUACUAAACUGUGAUGAGAGAGUGAAGCUAGGGGAGGCUCUGUCUAAACUUAAAGAAUUCUCCAGAGGAAUGGGACCAGAGGAUAAAGGUGUAGCCAUAGGUAACAUGCCAGCUUUAGCUUCAGCACACAACAGUCAUGCAAGACCUGAGCCCCGUCAUCCACCAGAAAAGCAACAGGGCUUGUCCACUGUAAGAACUAUGGAGGCGUUCCACUAUGUCAGUUAUGUCCCCAUAAAUGGUCGGUUAUUUGAACUGGAUGGAUUGAAACCCUACCCUAUAGACCAUGGUCCAUGGGAGAGAGAUGAGUAUUGGACUGAGAAGUUCAGGAGAGUUAUCACAGAGAGAUUGGGCAUGGCCACUGGAGGAGAGCCCUAUCAUGACAUCCGUUACAACUUAAUGGCCGUGGUCCCAGACAAGCGAUCCCUGUACGAACACAAACUAGCCACACUGAAGACUAACAGACAGAUAGUUCUGGAGACAUUACAACAGAUGGUGAAGGUGACAAAUCCAGGUCUGACGUCAGCAGACAGAGACAAAUAUCUGGCUGCGGUGAAGCAACAGGGAAAGCUUUCAUUUAAGAGUGGACAGGAACCAGUUCAGAGGACCAGUACAGACACAAAGAAACAGGAGACAGUUGUGACAUGUCCUACACAAAAUCCUGAGCCUGCAGAGGAAAUCAUCUGUGUUGAUGAUUCGGACAGUGACACAGCAAGUAAACAAAGUGAAACGAAAGUGAAAAGUGAAAGUAGUGUAACAGAAGAAAUUAAAAAGCCUGAGGUACUAUCACAAGGAAAGGAAAAAGAAAGUGGUGAGGAAGAUCAGAAUUCAGAAAACAAGACCACAGCAGAAGACAGCAAAACACAGGAUCAUUCAGACAUUGUUGACAAAAGGGAGAUUACCAUAAUGGAGGAGGGGGCGUCAACAUCAGAUCUGACAAAACCACUGACAAUCGAGACCAAAUUCCCAGAAUCCACCACUUCCUCGGGUCCUGGGAGCGAGAGUACGGACACAGCGUCAGAAGUGGGCAGUUGUUUUAGCUCCCCCAACAGUGGCUUCAACUCCUGUCAGAACAGUCCCCAAACAGACAAUGGAACAGAUGGGGCAUCAAACAAAGAUGGUCAAUCACAACCCACAAGACACAAGAGGAAGUUCAGUGGGAACCAGCCAUUUACACCAAAGGAUCUACUGGCCCUGCUGAAAAAUGUGGAAAAUGAAAUCAAGCUGUGUGAAGUGAAUCUCAAAGAUGAAAUAGAAAAGAGGAGAAAAUAUCAGAUUGAUGACUGUAGAAGAACCCAUAAUUAUGACCAGUUUAUCUGCACAUUCUUGUCCAUGCUGGCUAAAGAAGGACAUCUAGCCGACCUAGUUGAGAAACACUCGUUAAUCAAGAAACGGCAGACGAGCUUAAGUCUAGGACGGGCCUCAAACAUCAAAACAGCCGCAGAGAGGAGGCGGGUCAGAACCAAUAGGAGACGGUGACAAAGAUCUAAAACUGAAUCUGAUUGGAAGUUUUUUGGUGACAAAGAUCUAAAACUGAACCUGAUUGGACAGUUGUUUUUUGGUGACAAAGAUCUAAAACUGAACCUGAUUACAGUUGUUUUUGGAGACAAAGCUCUAAAACUGAAUCUGAUUGAACAGUUUUUAUUGGGUGUUUGUUUCAAUCAUCAACAGCAACAAAAAGUAGGCAGAUCAGAACCAAGAGGAGAAGGUGACAAAGAUCUAAAACUAAAUCUGAUUGUAGUUUUUAAUCAAGUGUAUGGUUUUCAUCACUGACAGUUUGACUGCAGUUGUGACAUAUGUGUUCAGAAUAUUUAAUGUUAUGAAGAGAACUGUAGAAAGA